AUGACGUAUUUACCUUCUUUUAAUAAAAUUACAAAGAUUAAACCAAGGAAGAUUAUAUUAAGUUUAACUCCACUUAAUGAUAAUAAGCUUUUAGAAUCUCAUCUUAGUAUUGUACCAAAUCGAGAAGGAUAUUAUUUAACAAAUAUAUGUUUAAUAUGCUAUGAUUAUAUUUGGAAUGAUCCAUUUCGUAAUGUUUUGAAAGCUGAUUUAGUAAAUUACGAAACAACAUUUGAAGAGAUCAUAAAAAUAUUUGAAAUUCAAGAUUUUCCCAUGCAAGGAUUGCAAAAUCCUCUCACAUUAUCAUCCUUUACUCCUCAAUCUUUUACUUCUCAGUCUAUUACCCCUCAUUUUUACGCACACCCUACAGACUCUUUUACUAGUAUUCAUCCUUCACCUUCUAAUUACGAAUAUACUUCUUAUUCAUUACCGUAA